AGCUGCCGCCAUUUUCUCCGCUUGACAGCAAAAAAGUCCAAAAAAUUGUGUAUUCAUUCAUUACUUACUUACUUUCAUGUUGCAAAAUUGAAUCAAGCCCAUAAAACGUCGUUAUAGUUUGCUAGAAAUGUUCAUAAAUAUUAACAUACAUCAUUGGAUUUUUAAAUUCUAGUGAAAAACGUAAAUUGAUAAGUUAACCUAACCUGCUUCAAAAUGGAUUUGGACGAGCCAAAUAAACUGUUAAAUCCUGAGUUAUCCAAUGUAAAUAUUCUAAAUUAUCAGCUAACUGAGCUAACAAAACCUAAAGCUCAGAAUGACGGUGUUCUACCAAAUUAUAGAGUGGAAUUGACUACAAAAAAAGCGGUAGAACUUUUGCUCGAAGGAACGCUUAGAAGCAAAGUUUGUCGCUAUUGCUUGAGUGUGGCAACUCCUCUUUCGGAUUUGGACCAAAUAAUGCAGAUUGCAGGCAGAGGAACGCUCUACAAAGUGACUAUACGCGAUAUGGUUGCUUGUUUUCACCCUUUUAAGACAGUGAAUGAUCCCAACUUCCCGAGAAAAAUCUGCAAUAAAUGCCUAAACCGUUGCAUCAGCGCAUAUCUCUUUACACAACAAUGUGAACAGUCCGAGCGAGCUUUACGGAAUUGCUUCGAAGACAUGUAUGCUAAACUAGAAAAACUAGACCCUCUAGAUAAAACUAAAAAACGGGGUAGACAGAAGCGAAACCCAAAUCAUAAUGUCAUACACACGGAUCAUGCAAAGGUGAUAGAUUAUGCUGAACCAAUCAGAAAUAUAGUAAACGUAAGAUCUGUAUCACUCAGUCAUGAGCCGUAUAUGUCUGAUUUGGAAUGCCCUAAGUGUUGGCAAAUAUUUACUAAGAUAGAAGACUUGAUUAUUCAUGAGAAAAGUCAUCCCAAUAACAUGUGGUUCAACUGCCGGCUGUGUGGGAAGUCAUUUGUGAAGCGCUUGCAACUGAAACGACACUUGAAAUCACAUAGUGGCCCAGAAAUAAAGCCUGAAGAAAAACACAAUUUCCAAUGUGGGACUUGUGGUUUCGGCAGUGAGGACCACAGUGCAUAUUUACAGCACAUUGAGAAGCAUAAAUUUCAGUCAGUUUUACAGCAUUUAGUGGAGAAGAAGAUGGAUAAACUGUGCACUGUCUGUUUGGAUAAGAAGCCAAAGCUCGUGGAAUUGGAUAAAAUGAUCCGGCUGCAUGGUGGAUACCCUGGGGUUACUGGUGACAAGAGCCUUUAUAGCAUUUUGGGCUCCACCUUGCCUGAUAUGAAUACUCCAACCAACUACACAGGAACAAAAAUAUGCGAACAGUGCCUUGACAAUGCGAUCACUUCCUAUGUGUUCAUAAAUCACUCUAUCUACACAAGAGAAAGACUUAAUACAUGCGUCUCUUCCAUGCUAGAUAGCCUAAACAAAGUAGAGCAACCAGAAGGCAAUAUGUUCAUAGAGAUAGCUAAAGAAUCUAUUCUACCAAUAAAAGAGCAAGAUUACUUUGAUGAUAAUCUCCUACUUGAAGAAGAUGAAGUAGAUGAAACUAAAUUGAAAGUAGAUGUACUUGAAGAUGAAUUCAGAAAACCUGAUACUGACGAGAGUGAAUCAGAGCCUGAGAUAAAAGACUAUAUCAAUGCUUUCCUCAAAGAAGAGAGUCAAGAUAUAGAUAUAUUCAAAGAACUUAGCGAAAUUAAAGAAGAAAAGAAUGUCGAAAUAGACAAUCCGGCUAAGAGAGUUACAAAGACAUACACUAACAGGAAAUUAGUAAAUGGAUAUCAAGUCAAAUAUCCUUCAGAUAAUGACGAAUACACUCUUGAUGAUGUCAGCGAAUUUCUGACGUUCAAAAAGAAAAAGAAACCAAAUAAACAAUAUUAUAAAUACAAGUUGAAAUGCCCAAUAUGCAGCAAGAGUUUCAUAACUGAUUACCAUCUUCAAAGGCAUAUUUUGAAGCAUGUUAAUAAAAAGGUUAAAUGUUAUAUUUGUAGCAGAGAGUUUAAAUCAAAAUUCUUCUUAUAUGAGCAUAUUAGAAUGAUACACAUUCUUGAUAAGGCAAAAUUCUUUUCGUGUAAAACCUGCGGCAGAACUUUUGAGAAUGAAGACAAAUUGAAAGUGCAUGAAAAUUCUCAUUUGUCGACACAAUGCCAGUUAUGUGACAAAUUAUUCGUCAGUCAAAGACAUUUCGACAGUCAUAUGCAAAGACAUGCUGUCAAACUUAAUCUGGUGAAAAGUAGUACACAGAUUUGUAGUUUCUGCGAGAAAGAUUAUGCAAAUGAUAAUCAGCUCUCUCUACAUGUGAAUAAGGUACACUUGCAAAUCAAACCCUAUGCGUGCGAUAUGUGCGAGAGGCAAUUCUAUACAGAGAGCAAUUUGAGUAAACAUAAGAAGACUCAUAAUCUGAAAUCUAAAGAAAAAUGUGAGUUAUGUAAAAAGAAAUUCAAUACAAGGAAAGCGAUGGUCAUACAUCUUAGAAAACAUACGGGAGAAACGCCGCACCGAUGCCCCCUUUGCGGUAAAUCGUUUUAUUCUGAAUUUAAAGCUAAAAACCAUAUGAGGAACUACCAUGGCGGAACAUUAUAUUGCAAAUUGUGUAAAAGUGUGUUCUCAAGCAAAUAUGACCUUAAAUCCCAUGUCAUUAUGGUUCAUAAUAAUGCGUUGUUAUAGCAUACAUUUAGUAUAGGUUUAUUAGUUUUUAGAUAAGUAUAAGAGAGGACUAUUGGUUAUUUUUAUUGUGACAGAGGUACUUGUGUAUGUAGAAUGAAUAAAAUGAAAAAUAGAUAAAAUGUUGGUGAUGAUUAUACAUAUACAGAUUAUAGAUCAGAAUAUAUAUUUUCUGUGUAACUAUUACCAUUUCAUAUACAAAAUCUAUAUGUCAAGAAUUUGUAGAUUUACCAAUCAAAUUGAAAUUCAGAGGUAUUAUUUUUUGUUAAUGGGUAGAUUCACUUUUUUCGUCACAGGCUGUCUCAUGGAUCACUUAAAUCACAGACAAAAUAUCCUCCAUACUGAGCAUAGUCGCCCCUCUGCCACACAUACAUACAUAAUUUUACUCCAUGUUCGAGUCGAAAGUGUCUUUGUGUGACGUCCGUGUCUUUGAACGGACCAAUCACGGUACGGGACUACGCUCACCUCGUCCUGCGCACUAGAGAUGCACCGGAUAUCCGGUUACUAUCCGGUAUCCGGCCAUUAUUUUACUAUCCGGCCGGAUACCGGAUAGUGACCUGCUAUCCGGCCGGAUACCGGAUAGUAACAUUGCUGAUUUCGGAGUAAACAAAUUGGAUUUAAGAAACAGACACCGUCAUAAUCGUACUUGUUUAUUAUUUUAAAACAAUUUAAUCAUUCCACUGACUUGCACGCGCACUCAUUUUGAACCUAGAAAUGAGUCCGCGCGAACGUUUACUAGGAAACAGGUCAAACCUGCAGAAUGCGCACCUGAAAAACCGAAAUGUAGGUAUAGUUCCGCCGGCCGAAUAUCCGGCGGCCGGAUACCGGAUAUUCGGCCAGUGUCUAGGCCGGAUAUCCGGUAUCCGGCCAAACAACUAUCCGUUGCAUCUCUACUGCGCACCCCCGCAUUUUUGGCAUCAUCGGUUGCAUGAAAUAAUUGCUCUAAACCGAGGUCUAGAGGAUUCCUAGUCUAUGACUUAAAUGGUUUUAAAGGAUUCCA